AUUCAAAUUGCCAUGCACGCGCAAAUGCUAAUUAAAAUCAAAGAAGAGAGAGAGAGAGAGAGAGAGAGAGAGAGAGAUUACACUAGAGAUGGGGUACAGCACAGGUACUUCUCUCCUGAUGAGAAGCCCCAAGAGGGAAGAACAACGGGUGCCGGAAGCAGACGCCGUCGCCGGCGAGGAGAUGGAUGUCAUCGUGGAAGAACUGGAGGGCAUUUUCUGCAAUAUCAAGGGCGAGGAAAAAGUAGAGCAUGGGGACGAUGACGUGUACGGCGGGGAUCAAUUCGUGACGAUGAACUGGGAGUUCAUGGAUUGGGAGGAGGAGGAGGAGGACUGCCUCGCCGCCGCCGCCGACGAUGGAGCAAGCAAGCCUUGCAGUGAAAAACAAGAAAGUACCCAGUUCAUGGGCGUGUUUGGGAAGAAAGAAAGCGUGGCAUUCUGGGAGAAGGAUGAACACAGAGUGCCCCUGAACUUGAAUUUGAACUAUCAAGAUGUGUUGGAUGCGUGGUCCGAUCGAGGGUCACUUUGGGCUAAUGAUUUUUCUCUUUCCAUUCCCAACGCGAGCGGCUAUACGGGGGAGGUGCCGGUGAUGAUGGAAGAAGAAAGAAGCAGCAGAAGGGAAGCCAGUGUGCUGAGGUACAAGGAGAAACGCCAAACAAGAUUGUUCUCUAAGAAGAUUAGAUAUCAAGUUCGCAAACUCAAUGCUGAUAAAAGACCUCGACUAAAGGGUCGGUUUGUAAAGAGAGUUGGAGCAGAGAAGACCACACUUGUGAAUAAAUGAAUCUGAAAUAAUAUCUCCACCAAAAUAUCUAAUUUUUUUGGAUAUAUUAUUGAUUUAAAUUAAGAUAAAAAAUUCUGGCAUAUUCUAAGAUUUGAUAAAAAAUGAAAAUAUUUUUAAAAAUUUUUAAAAAUAUAUAUAUUUUUGACAAAUCUUAGAGACUAUCAGUAUUUUUAUACUUUAAAUUAUUUGUGUUAAUUGAAAAUAUCUUUUUGCACCUUUUGGUGGGGAGCUUUAAUGGUUGACCAACUUGCUAGUGUGCUAAAGCUUUGUACACGGUGGACCUCACCUCCAUCAUGCUCCGUCAACGGUCACCCAUCAUGGACUGAAAAUUACUGUGUGGCAUCUACCGUACCGGCGACGCAAGCACGGUGGUCCUCAUUCCGUCAUCAUCACCGUCCAUCACCAAUCAUCACAGAGCUCCACUUUUUCUCUUUUAUUUAAUGCACACUGGAUUAAAGAUUAUGAAUUUACGAUUGACUGUUAAGGUAAUUUGAUGCAUUUUUCAGGACUAGAUCUAGUUCGAUUAAUGCGGAUGACUUUAUUUUUAUUUUUACGUUUUACGUGCAAAUAUGCUUAAUAUUUAUGUUAGAUAAAUGAAAUACAUUUUUUGUAUCGUCUUUUAAUAAUAAAAAUUUUGAAAGAAAAUAACAA